AUGGGCAGCCAUCGUUUGAGACAAUACAUGUUGAGUCAUACUACAUGGUUGAUAUCCAAGAUGGACCCAAUAAAGUACAUUUUUGAAAAGCCUGUUCUCUCUGGGAGGAUAGCAUGGUGGCAAAUGCUUUUGUCAAAAUACGAUAUUCCCAAUUUUCUGGAUGAAGAUAUCAUGGCUUUGUUUGAAGAGAUUGAGGGAGGCCAUGAUGAAAAGGCAUGGAUAUUGUUGUUUGAUGGAGCAUCUAAUGCAUUGGGGCAUAGAAUAGGGGCAAUGUUUAUUUCUUCGGAAAGUCAAUACAUACCAAUGACAGCAAGACUAUGUUUUAAUUGCACAAAUAAUAUCACAGAAUAUGAGGCGUGUGCCAUGGGCAUUCGAGCAACAACUGAAUCAAAGGCAAAAGUUAUGAAGGUGUAUGGCGAUUCAGCUUUGGUUAUCCAUCAGUUAAAAGGAGAAUGGGAGACCUGA